CGGUUAGAAAUAGCUUUGGGAGCUUGGUCGAUGGCUGAUGAGGCGGUUACUCAUUAUACCAGUCUUAUUGAGGAACACAGCAGGGGUUUCAAAUUCCUGGAGAAGAACUUUGGUGCCUGUGCAAGACCCCGGACUGGCUGGCAGGUCGACCCGUUCGGUCAUUCUAAAGAGGUUGCUGCUCUUUUUGCUCAAUUCGGUUACGAUGGUAUGAUGUUUGGUCGUCUCGACUUCCAGGAUAAAGACAAAAGAAUGAGAGAUAAGACGAUGGAAAUGUUAUGGCGGGCAAGCGAUAGUCUUGGCAGGAAGGCAAACCUGUUCACGUCGGCCAUGUUUAACAACUACAACUACCCCAAUGGACUUUGCUGGGAUGACUUCUGUCGACAGGAUCCUAUUGUGGAGCGUAAAGAUCUUCCAGAAUAUAACGCAAACCACUAUCUGCAGCUCUUUUAUAGUGCGGCAGAUGAACAGGCAGAUUCCUAUGCUACCAACCAUAUUAUUUUCACAAUGGGAGCCGACUUUCAGUACACGAACGCCGAGAGUUGGUUCACAAACCUGGACAAACUGAUUAAGAUCGUCAAUGAUCAGCAAGCGAGUGGAAGCAAGAUGAAUGCCCUCUACUCCACGCCAUCCUGUUACAUCUACAAUUUGAACAAAGUAAACAAAACAUGGACUGAGAAAACCGAUGAUUUCUUUCCUUACGCUCACAAACGUCAUGCUUUCUGGACAGGUUAUUACACCAGUCGGGCCGCGUUUAAACGUUAUGUCCGAGAGAGCAACAACAUGUUACAAGUGUGUAAACAGGCGAAUGUUUUAGCCAAGCUUGGACAGAGCGCGAAGGUAGAUGACCUUUGGAAAGAGUUCUCAAUUGUACAACAUCAUGAUGCCGUCACGGGCACAGCUAAACAAGAAGUGGACAGAGAUUAUCGUCGAAGACUUGCAUUUGGAAUAAAUAGCUGUCAGGUAGGUCCAUCAGGCGAAGUAACUCUUUCAAAAUAUCUUCGUAACGGUAGAGAACUCUUGAGAUUAUCUACUCUAAUAAUGCACUAUUGUUGUAACCAGCUGAAUAUAUCAUCUUGCUUUAUUACCGAAACAUCAGAUACCUUCUUCGUAGCAAUUUACAACCCCAGAGCACAAAGACGUACUCACUGGGUGAGGAUACCCAUAACACCAAUAAAGGCUUUUAAGGUGCUUGAUGCAAAGAACAACAAGAUACCUGUACAGAUUAUUCCGCUUUCACAUCAGACGAAACGGUUGCCAGAAAGAGAGACAUCCAUUGCAACGCAUGAACUCGUGUUCUUGGCCUCACUUCCAGCGCUUGGCUACAGCACUUACUUUGUACGACAGACGAAUAAAGACCUUAAUGACCUUCUACCAACGAAUAACACAUUCUCCAACAACGUCGUAGAAAACGAGUUUAUAAGACUGGAGUUUGACGAUAAUACUGGCGUCCCAUUGACAAUUACCAACAAAGUUAAAAAUAUUAAACGUCCGUUCACACAAAGUCUCAAGUACUAUCGUUCUUCAGUAGACUAUACACAACCGUCUGGAGCGUAUAUAUUCCGUCCCGAACAGCAGAAUCCGGAAACUUUUAAUCAUGCAAAGGGUUAUAUAUUAAGAAAUGAUGGAGUGAUCUACACCGAUGCAAACAGUCGUCAGAUGAUGUACAGGAAAAUCAACCAUCGCGAUACAUGGGAUUUCUCUAACUCGGAACCUGUUGCUGGUAAUUAUUACCCCAUCACAAGCAGAGCCUAUAUAAGGGCCACAAACGAAGACCUCCAGUUUACAGUGUUGACAGAUCGGUCCCAGGGUGGGGGAAGUAUUCAUAAUGGCAGCGUUGAGAUAAUGCUUCACCGUCGAACAACCAAAGACGAUAGACUUGGAGUUGGUGAACCACUAAAUGAGACUUCCGAUGGUUUAAUGGGAUUGAUUGUUCGAGGAAAACAUUGGCUGUUAUUUGAUGGAGUAGAAGAGUCGACACAUUUCCACAGACAAGAAGCCCUGGACAUCUACAAAGAGCCAAUUCUAUCAUUUGCCAAAAUAAACCGGAACAGACGAUCCAAAUUGAACCUUGAGAUGUCUGCUUUGAAAGUAUCCCUGCCACCCCAGAUCCAUUUGCUGACCCUUGAGGAAUACGACCAGAACAACAUCCUCAUUCGUCUCGAACACAUUUAUGAAAAGCACGAAGUGAACAGAGAGGUUACCGUCAAUAUACAGGACAUCUUGAAGGAUUUCACUAUAGUCAAAAUCAGAGAAAUGACUCUUGGAGCCAACAUGAAACUUGAGGAAAUUAAUCGUCUGAAAUGGAAAUCAGAAAACUCGGACAACACUGGAGAUGAAUAUGACGACCGCAUACCCAUUAGCGGUACCCUGGUCGUGUUGAAACCGAUGGAGAUUCGAACUCUAAUGGUUAAAGUGACGAAGCAGUGAUUCUAAUUCAAGAUUGCGCAGAAUAAUUUCUUACGGUGAAGGGAAUAUAAUUUUUACACAAUGUGUGAACCAAUAAGACGAAGUGAAGUUGGAGAGACAGAAUAGAGAGAGGAGGAAGGGGUAGAAGAAGAAGAAGAAGAAGAAGAAGAAGAAGAAGAAGAAGAAGAAGAAGGAGGAGGAGAGUGGUGAGUGAUGAGAGAGAAUGCCGAGGAGAAAGAAUGAGAAAAAGUGAGAGAGAGAGAGAGAGAGAGAGAGAGAGAGAGAGAGAGAGAGAGAGAGAGAGAGAGAGAGAGAGAGAGAGAGAGA